CCUCCUCCUCCCGGCCGCCGCACUCGGGGCAAAUCAAGACACUGGCUCGAGGUACCAGCCCCGCGAAGCUGGUCCUAUUUGCCGGGCGUUGAGAGGCGUAGACCUAUCGGGAAACGGGGACUGCUCAUCCUGCUCUUACGAUUGGCAAAUAGUGCCGCCCAUCAUCUAGACGGCCGUGGGGUCCAUUGAUAGACAGCCCGCUCGCCCAAUAGCCGUCGCGUCUACCUUGGCGGGGUGGACCGAAAAACUUGGUUUGAAAACCCCAGGAAAUCAAACGUUUUGCGGGGCGAGGUGGGGGUUUAAAAUGCCGAGUGCUCACUUUGGAGGGAAUUGAUGCUCGACCGUGUGUAAUCCGCUGUCGAAUGUGAGUGACCGACGUUGAGAAGGCCAUUUUUGAAACGUAUUUUUAACCCUUGUUGCUACGCUACGGGAGAGGCCGGUUGUGAUUGGCAGAGCGCCGGGAACAGUAUCGGCCAAUGGCGGUGGAGAUGUUUGUAUCACGUUUCAAUGACGUGACGGGUGUGGAGUGUGCGGCGGGUGGAGGAGAUACCCUUAGGGACUUGAGUGGGCGGGGCCGGCACUGUAGGCGGGGCGAUGGGCGAGGUCAAGACCAUCAAGUGUGUGGUAGAGUAUGAGGCAGCUUUGCGGGAGAGUGAGCAGCGCCUGGUCGUAAUGCUCUUCGCCGCGCACUGGUGCGAGUUCUGCCAGAUGAUUCAGCUAUACUUCGACGAGUUCGCCGAAUCCUAUCCGGAGGUUGCCUUCUACGAGGUGGACAUCAACGUGGCCAAGGAUGUGGUGCAGCGUUGCCGCAUUGAGUGGUUCCCCACUUUCCAGUUCUACAAGACUGGUGUUAAGAUCUUUCAGUUCAAGGGACCUAACCGCUGCCUCCUGGAGCAGAUGAUUCAAAAGCUGCAGGGAGAUGCAUCACAGUGUACGCCUAAAUUAAAGCAGGCCGAUACCUAAGGGUUAUCUUGUCUGUGUUUUGCUUUUUCUCCUUUUAAGAGUAGUCUCAGAGAUUUUAACGGCAUAGAAUAUGAACCCCACAAUUCAUCUGUCUUUUCCAAUCCCAUUCUCUAGCACUUGGCCAGUAGUAUUUAAUUAAAACUCAUCAAUAUUUGCUAUCUGAGAGAAAAGUUACAUUUUUCCAGCAAGUUUGACAGUGUCUAAAAUAAUAAUUGGUACCAAGCAAACUUGAAGUUAAGACAUAAUCCCGGACAUUCUAUUCCAAAGUACAGAGCUGGAUUUAUCAUUUACAAGUAGGCUUUGACAGUGGGUUUAAUUUAUGUGCUCAAUGACAUGAAUAGAAAUAUUUUUCCACUUUGAAUACUCAGCAAUGAUCGAUCCCAGGUCAGGUUUAGCCCAGUUAAGGACCAAUCAAAAGCUGCUUUAUUGUUUGUAUUUUAGAUAUUUUUAAUCAAAGUGUUCGGACAUACUGUUACACAUGUUCAGAGCAGGUGGCAUAUGAACCAGUGCCUUCUGGUUCGGAGGCAGGGUCGCUACCACUGAACCACAUUGUAUACUUUUGAAACGCGUGUAUUUUUCGUUGUUAACAUUAGCGCUUUUACAGUGUGGGAAUAAAAAGCUCAUUUUGUUCAAGCUGGCCCGAAGGAAACAGGCGCUCGUGUGACUCCAAGAUUGAUGUGAGAGAAUAACCCUUUGAUUUCAGGGUCACCCGUACUGGGGAAAUUGUAGUUGCAUUGUUGGAAUAGUCUUCAGCAUAACUUACUGGGACCAGUGUGCUGGUGCGUCACAACUAGGCCAGUAGAGAGGACUUUAAAUUAAAUAGCGGGGGAGAAGGAUCAAGUUAGGAAAGAUUCUAUAAGUCAAAUGGAGAAGAUAAGGCAAAAGAGCAUGGCAGCAAUUAAGUAAAUUGUAUCAGAACAUGAUAGGAAGGGAUAGUGUGCUAAUCUAGGAGUGUUACAGUAGGAAGGACUAAAGAAUAGAAAAUAGUAAAAAGAUAGAACUAAAGCUUCAAAGCUGAAUGCACAUGGCAUUUGUGACAAAACAUGAUUUUGCAUCUCAAGUAGAAAUAAGUAAUCAUUACAGAGACAUGGUUACAAAAUUUCAAAAAACGGGGCAUGCAUACUCAUAGUUUAUGACAUUUGGCAGGAAACUAGGUAAAGAUGGAGCGAGCAAUUGUUCUGUUAAUAGUACCAACACUAUUCUUAAUCAGGAGAGAUGAUCUUAGUUUUGGAUGUUAGGGUGUAGACCUGGAUAGAGAUGAGAAAUGGGAAAGGUAAAGAAGUCACUUGUAUCAGUAGCUUAUGGGUAUCCUAACUGUGACCACACUUUUGGGCAGGGGUUACAGGAUUAGAUAAUUGGUGCUUAUGAGUAGGGUAUGGUGAAAAUUGUGGGUGAUUUUUAACCUUCAUCUAGAUUGAAUUAAUGGCAAGGGUAGCCUGAAUGGUGAGUUCAUAGAGAGUUUCAUGACAGUUUCUUAGAACAGCAUGUUCUAGAGCUAACCAGAGAACAGACAAUGCUAGACCAGGUAAUGUACAAUGAGACAAUAUUCAUUGAUGACCUCAGACUAAAGGUAUUCAGGGUGGCAAAGACCAAAUUUCCCAUUUGGUUUGAGGGAGGAAAGAGUGGACCCAAGACUGGUAUUUUAAACUUAAGGACAAACUAUAGGAGCAAUUAUGACAACAGAGCUGGCUAAAGUGACUAGAAACUUAAGUUAAGGGAUAGGUCAGAGAUAUUCGGUGGUAGGCUGCUUCAAAUGCUAUUUCAAUAUACUUGAAAAUGUACUUUUAAAUCAGAAAGAAUGAUUGUAAAAGAUAGAUCUUUGGAUAACUAUGGAAGCUAAAGAUAGCCUUAAAUGGAAAGACCUCUGCAAAACUGAGUGGCAGGUCAGAAGAUCAGACAUAUAUAAAGAACACUAAAAGACUAUUCAGGAGGGAGAAAUUAGAAUUUGAGAGAAAGGUGGCUAGAAAUAUAACAACUGAUUGUAAGAACACUCUAGGCAUUUAAAAAGCAACCUAAGUUAGCUGAGUGUUGGUCCUCUACAGAGUGAAUUUGAGGAAUUAAUAAUGAAAAAUAGGGAAAUUGUGCAUGAAUUGAACAGAUAUUUUGUGUAUUCACUAUAUAUGAUAAUAAGAUGCAAAUAAUAUUGCAGAAAUAAUCAGGUAAUUGUUUGUGAAAGGGAAGUCAUGUUUGAUAAAUUUAAUGGAGUUCUUUGAGGAAGUAAAGUCAAUAUAUAUAAACAACAACCAGUAAAUGCACUGUACUUAGAUUUCUAGAAGGCAUUUGACAAGGUGCCACAUCAAAGGUUACUUUGCAAUGUUUAAGAUCAUGGUGUAGGCAGUAACAAUAUUAGCAUUGAUAGAGGUGUUGCUCAGCUAAUAGGAAACAAUAGGAAACAAUAAAUGGACAUUUUUACGUUGUCAAAACGCAAUGAACGUUGUAGCACAAGGACCAGUGUGGGACUUCAACUCUUUCAUGGGAUACUGGAAUUUUUAGACAAUAUUUUAGAGAUUUGUAUUGCUAAAGGAUAGCUAUUGUUAAAUUGAAAGGAUGCAGAAAUAAUUAUGAUGAUAUUGACAGAGUUGGAGGGUUUGAGCUAUAGGGAGAGGCUUAAUAGGCUAAGGCUAUUUUCCCUGGAGUAUCAAAGGUUGGGAGGGUGAUGUUAUAGAGGUUUAUAAAAUCAUGAGGGACGUGGACAGGGUUAAAAGCUAAGAUUUUUUUCCCAGGGUGGGGGAGUCCAAAACUAGAGGGAAUAUGUUUAAGAUGAGAGGCAACUAUAUAAAGGGACCAAAAGGGCAACCUUUCCAGUCAGAGGGUGGUGCAUGUAUGAAAUGAGUUGCCAGAGGAAGUGGUGGAGGCUGGUACAAUUACAACAUUUGAAAGGCAUCUGGAUGGGUGCAUGAAUAGG